AACUUUAGGACUAUAACUUAUUAACUUUAUAAAUAUUUUUGUCCGAAUUCUGAACUUGUUUUAAUAUUCAAUAUAAAAACAUGCACAAUGAUAAUUUUAAAACCUUUAUCAUAUGUGAAUAGAUCUUAAAAAACCUGAUCCACCCAAGUCAAGUCAACCCCUCCCUCUGUCACUACGUGUUCUGUGUUUUUUCCUUGCUACUUCCUUCCUAUACGUAUACAAAUCAUUGAUGUCAAUUAUUGCCUCCCCAAUUUCGGUUAAAAGAUCUAUGAAAACUUCGAAGAAUGUUCUUCAAAAUUAAGCGUUUGCUUGUGUUGACAAACAUGGUCCAUUCAUAGUUUUCUCAUCCCUCUUAACAUCUGUCUUGUCUCUUCUGUGGUAACCUUCAAAUUGAGUAAUGCAACCAGGAGUUUCGCGUUUGCAAGCAGCUCAGAAAGCAAUAAACUCAAUUGGGUUGGGUUUUGACAUAACACAAGACAUCAACUUUGAUAGUUGCAAGUGGGAAUCGCGUUUGAUCUUCGUCAAUGAAGAACAGUGUCAUGAUCUUGAGAUUCCUGGAGGAGUAUCAAUUCCAAAUGUACCAAACUCCAUCAAAUGUGUCAGAGGGGAAUCCAUUAGAAUCCAAUCAGACGUUCUCACCUCAGUGCAGAUGUUGGAGCACUUCAACCAGGAAAUGGGCCUGGGGGGCAAAAUUGCAUCGGGUCAUUUUUGUGCUUCAUUUGGGUUGCCUAUUCGAUAUCUACAAGAUUUGGCCUCCAUGUCUUUUGCUUAUGAUGGCUGGUUCGUCAAAUGCUAUGCCAUUGAAUUAGAAAGGUAUCAUUGGGAACUCCUUGAUCAUGUCAAAGAAGCAGUGCCAUCAUCAUGGGACCCUGAGGCCAUUGCAAGGUUUAUAAAACGUUUUGGAACUCAUGUCAUAGUCGGGGUGAGCAUGGGAGGAAAGGAUGUGUUAUACGUCAGACAAGAAGAACAUGCAUCAUAUCUCGACCCAACUAGUAUUAAAAAAUUCAUGAAUGAUACAGCUAGCAUGGAGUUCAAGGAUUGUAUCGAUAAUCAUUGCCUGGCUUCUGAAGACUUAAGUAACAAGAAAGAGAAUCAUUUUGUGAUACAUAGUAGGAGGGGUGGAAGCAGUCAAAAGAUGAAUCAUAGUGAAUGGCUGGACACUAUCGACUCAGAACCUGACGUCAUAUCAGUGCUUCUUCUCCCUCUGGGGCACCUAUUUAAAAAUAUCAAAGGAGGCGGAUUUGUGAACCAUGCUUUAAAUCUCUAUAGCCGUUACAAACCUCCAAUUGAAGCCCUCCAACACUUUUUGGAGUUUCAACUACCAAGACAAUGGGCCCCUGUACUUAGUGAGACAAGUUUAGGUUCUCGUCGGAAGCAUCAAAUGAACAUCUGGUUACGAUUUAGUAUCUUGGGUCCUAAGCUUUACAUAAACACAAUUCCAGUGGAUGUAGGUAACAGACCAGUAACUGGUUUGAGAUUACUAUUAGAAGGAACAAGAAGUAACCGGUUGGCCAUUUGCCUGCAGCAUCUGGCUUCUCGACCCAUGUCCUUACCAUUGUCUGACAAUGCAAAUGCUUAUUUGUCUUGUGACUCACAUAGCUGCACCUCGCAUAAGAAAGUUAAAUGGAAUUGCUUUUCACAUGUUUGUACUGCUCCUGUUGAGUCAGAUGAUAGUGUUUCCAUCGUGACAGGAGCUCAGUUACAAGUUGAAAACAAUUGUCUCCUUUUAAGGCUGCGCUUCUCCAAAGUUAUUGGUGGCACCCUUCAGAGGCUACCUGAGUGGGAUCAAUCCUCUAAUCUUGGCCAGUUGAGAAACAUCAUAUUUGCAUCUAGUGUUCACGAAAAAGAAAAGAAGUAUACUCCAAAGGGCGGUGAAGUUACCAUUGGCUCUGCUGCAUAUCCUACUGGCCCCCCUUCACGGGUGCAGACACCUUCUCUUCUAAGGUUUGUGGACACAGCAGAAAUUAUCAGAGGACCAGAACAUACUCCAGGAUAUUGGGUUGUGUCAGGAGCAAGGUUUUCUGUCCAGAAUGGGAAGAUAUAUCUAUCUGUCAAGUAUUCACUAUUGAACUUUGUUGUGCAAUGUGAAACUGCAGUGCUUUAAUGCUCAGUUUAAACUUUAAACCUCCUUUUGAACCUCUACCUAUUAAGAAUAAUUUUUACAAUGUAUCAAGUGUGUUUGGAUCUAAUUAUCAUCCAUACAUUGUAUAAUUGUCUUGUUGAAUAAGUAUCAGGUACUUUGUGUUA